GAGAGAGAGAGAGAUCCAAGGACAGACAGCACUGAGGGGAGGGGGGGGGGGGAACCACUCUGUCACACCUACCCCACAGCCUCACUCAGCCUCAGUGGGAGACAGAACAGAUCUUGAUGUUGAGGAUGCAUGUCUACGUGAGAGGAGCAUCCAGGAGAGGACACUAGGUCCCAAAGCUGCACAGACAGAUACAUGCAAAGGACUACAAGUAACGAGAGAGAGAGAGAGAGAGAGAGAGAGAGAGAGAGAGAGAGAGAGAGAGAGAGAGAGAGCAGAGGAAGCCCAGAGGGCAGGACAGCAGGAUUCCAGAGAGGACAGAACAGGGUGGAACAGGCAGCAUUUGCAGGGUGAUGCUUUUGGGGAAGGACCUGAUGAAAAGGAUCUGAACAGAGAAGCAAAACCGCUACAUUUUGUGAUUUCUCCUCCUCAUCUGCAAACAGAAAUCCUCUGUGUCUCCAGCUGUCUGCAGAGAGAUCCCUCUGCUGCUGCUGCUGCUGCUGAGGGUUCACAGUCUCCGUGCUUCUGUGCACAGCACCACAUCACACCGCUGUGCUCCGUAGUCCGAGACCAUGAGCGAGGCGAAGAAAGGUGAGCUGGCCAUCCGGGAUAAAGCCAUCCUGCACCAGCAGAGGCGUCUGAAGCAGGCCACCCAGUUCUCCCACAAGGACUCUGCUGACCUCCUGCCCCUGGACGGGCUGAAGAGACUGGGCACGACCAAAGACCUGCAACCUCACAGCAUCGUGCAGCGCCGCCUGAUGGAGGGAAACAUCACCCGGCUCCGAGGCGAGGCCCGGGACACCAGCGGCAGGAUCCGCUCCCCGCUGGCCGACAGCAAGGACGGGCCCGCCGACGCCGAGGAGAAGAGCGAGAGCACGGCCGACGACUCCACGGAGGAGAGGGAGUCCCUGGAGGAGAGCGAGAGGAGCCUCCGGUCGGACGAGGAGGACGACAGCAGCGAGGCCGGAGCCAGGCCCGGGGCCGAGAAGGGCGAGGUCACGGAGAGGUCGACCCUCCUCACAGCUCUGGUUGUUCAGUGCAAGUGCUGCGAGAGCGAAGUCAACGCAUCCAUCAACACCGGCAUUCAACACAACCACAUCUCCACCUCCUGCUGCCAGAGGCUGGGGUUGGUGCCCGUUCAGGACGGCUCAGUGACGGGUCUGCAGCUGCAGCUCGGCCGACAGACGCUCCAGUGCUCAGCUUACGUCAAAGAGGACGAGGCGUUCGAGCUGUGCCUCGGUCUUCAGACUCUGCUGGAACUCAAAUGCUGCUUGGACCUGAGCAGCCGGGUCCUGAAGCUGCAGGGCUGUGGCGAGGAGCUUCCCUUCCUCGACCCCUCCAUCGACAGCCAGUGCCAACACGACACCAAUGAGAACCUGUGAGUCCGACUCCACCGGCGAUGAUCGAUUCCUCGGGUCCUGACCGGUCGCAGCGACGUGGCACGAUGCCAUAUUUCUGUUUUUUGUGUUUUUGUCUGGACCAUCUGAUGACAGUGCCUCACGCUGCCCGAGCACGGACGAGCAUUCGCCGCCGUCCUUGAGUUUACAUCAUCGUGUUUGUAGAGUCGAGACAUUCACCAUGAUUAUCUCUUAAAUUAGUUUAGUUCCCAGAGCGGACGAUGGCUGAUCCCUCCUCUGUGGGUCUCAUCGUUCUUUAUGAUUAUUCUAUAUAUUCAUCCCGACUGCUCUGCUGAGCUCAGGUGCACCGAUGCUCUCCACCAACAGAACCAUCAGAGUUAUUUAAAGUGGAAUUCAGUGGGAAUAUUUUGUGAUUUGACUGUCGAAGAAAAUUACUUUUAAUCAACGACAAAUGUGUUAAUUGUAAAUCUUUCAGUUUGGAUUCUGUUGAAAGAAAUAUUUUCAUAUUUUGGGGAAUCAGCUUUGAAUUAUAAUAAGUUAGAAAUGAAGGAGAUUGCAGCUGCAGCCAAUUAGCUUAGGACUGGAAACAGAGGGAAACAGCUAGACUGACUGGGUUUGAUGGGAAACAUUAAGUACAAGUACAAGUACCCUUGGAUAAGAAGUGCUGGAUUAAACAGAAACAAAUAUAUUAAGUGUUAAUCUGUGAGAUUAUUUUUACUAUUGGUUAUUCCUAACAGGCUGCAGGCUGCAACCUUAUAUUUACCUAUUUAUAAAAGUGGGUUUAAUCUCCUCAACAUCAACGUGAAAGCAAAUAAGUGCAUAUUUUCCUAAAAUGUCAAACCAUUCCUCAACGAGUCAACAUUAAACACACAUCUCUCAAGUUGCGGUACUCAGGAUGCCCUUUCCAGUGGUUUCAAAAGAACAUUUUGAGAAGUUAUUUGAAGUUAUUUGAAGUUAUUUGAAGUUAUUUGAAGUUAUUUGAAGUCUUGUGAAUCAGGCUACCUCCUCCUCCUUCAGAAACAGGGACAGGUUCUCAUGUAGAAUUUUAAAAUAGAUACCAGAGUUUCUGACGUACUCAUAUUCAAACUUCGCCCCCCUUUUUCUUUUCCUAUCACAGAGACUGAUGUGGUUACAUUUUCCACGAGCACACGCACACACACACACACACACUCAGAGACUCAACUGCAGAAUAGUUCCCCUAAAAAAAAAAAAUCCCUCCUGAUGAAGAAUCGACUUCAGGCCAGACGGACAAACAUGCUUGAGUCAGACUCAGCUACAGGAAUAUCAAAACAUUCCAUCUGCAUGACUUUGUAAAGUUCUGCCUUUGUAUAAGUCUGCAUGUUUGUGUACUAGUGCGAUUGUGUCACGUUGAACGUCUGAAGGGGCCGUGUGUGUGCGUGUGUGUGUGUGUGCUUUUGUGUGCAUGUACCGUGUGUGUGUUAGGAGUCAACAGCAGGGUUUUUCCACCUUGUUAUUGCUCCGGUUUCACAUGAGUAGGGGGGCAAAUAGAUUUCUUGGUGGCCUCGUCUGCCCCCAGCCGGUCCACGAGCUCCGGUAAGAGCAAGCUGCCAAAAGGCCGACCCCCCCGCUGCCUUCCCUCUCUGCCUCUGUCAGGAGGCUCCGAUCACUCGGCUGUGCCAAGGCCCCUCUCCGAGCUCAUCCUCCUCUUCGUCCAACCUCCUUCUUUCAACCCUCUCACUCUUGACACCUCAUGUUUUUUGCUGAUUUGCCCGUCACAAGCGCAGGAGGAGGAGGAGAACUCGCUCCACACUACAGCGCCGCCUGCCUCUCUCGUCUCGGUGUGUUUCCAUCGUGUGGCGACUGAAGAGCUGCCUCAGUCGUGCUCACAGGAGGACAUCACGCUCUGCUUCAGUUCCCAUCGAACCAGGAGCUGGUCCACACGUAGAUUGAAGAUGUUUAGUUUCUCUUUGCUGUACUUGUGACCUUCCUGCGCCAUACGAGAGGAAAUCGAUGUAAGACAGAAGUUUAUUUUUGGUGUUUCCCUUCUUCUGAACAGUAUUUUCUCUGCCUAAUAAAAUAUGUAUUCUGGCUA